GUACCUGCCUACCUAGGUAGGUAGGCAACAGCAGCAGGCAAUUAAGCGCCCGAUUAUGAGGCUCACCGGGCUCUGCCCCCUCCCUCGUCAGCUGGACGGUUUUGCGAAUUUACAAUGUCUCGCACUUGCCUCAUUCUCAUGACUUUUUACCCAGUUCAUAUCACCGGACAGCCAUGCGACGGACUUUUUUUUCUCUCCUUCUCUUCUUUUUCUAGAUCUUGGGUUGGGUGCAUGCUCAUUCCCUUUACUUUCGCUUAUGUCUUUUUCUUGCUAGCUGUUGGUAUGGAAUAGGCUCGUCUGGAUUCACAUAAAGAAAGCAAGCGUAAGCUUAUUUUCAAGGUCUGGAUUGAUUUGCGGACAACUUCCAUUUUGAUCUUGGCGGAUCCGACCGACAGGUUCGUUUGUGGUGCAAAAGACACCAUCAACUCGAUAUAAUAACGAACCGUCAAAGGCCAGGGAUACUGAGAGAGAGAGAGAAAAGAGAAGACCAAGAGAACAGACGAGAGACGAAUAAGAACACAAGAUACUGCAUCAACCAGGGUGAAUAUUGCGUACGACACACAUGCUUUUUCACCGUCUGCUCUUCUGUCUCUCUCAAUGACAUCUUCCUCAACCCCGAAUUCGGUCCUCGCCAUGGACGACAACUCGUCGGCGGGACGUCCGGCGACGGUGAUCAAAAUCAAACCCCUGAGCGAGGCAUUGGAGUUGCAACCAGUCUUGGUGCCAUCAGUGGUGGUGUCGACCCCGUCGGUCUUGGAGGAAAAGGGCCACUCGACGGCCAACGGCGCGCAACAAAAGACAGAGGAUGCUACGUCACCCAUAGCCGUCGUCGUCAGGGCCAGCGACACAGUUGGCGUGGGCAGUCGGUCCAGGCCGCGGCUGCUUCUUCGCGCCCGGGACAAGACGCGACAGUACCUGCCCGGUCAGCCGCGUGUAAGCCUGGAUCCUGCCGUGCUCGCAGUCCACGGCCCGACGCCAAACGAGCCGAGCCUGUACCACCUGCCCGGAUACCUGCGCAGGGCCCACCUGACGACGGAGCUGGACAAGCUGCUGCCUUUUAUGAAGUACAUAUUCGUGCAGACGCCGUCUCAUCGACACAUCAUGCCGCUCCACCACCAGCCCGCCCACGGCCGCGACCGCAUCAUUGUCGACGAACACCCGGGGCUCCACCUGGUCUGGUACUAUGAGCGCAUCUACGUCAAGCCCAUCCCCGCCUACAUGUACAGCCAGGAGUUCUGGACCUACAUCCACGACGCCGACCACGACGUCUACAAGGCCUGUCUGGGCUUCCUCCGGUCCUAUUACCACCUGAUCCAGUACGAGAUCGACUUUGACAAGGCCUGCGAGCUCAAGCUCAUCCCCAAGAUGCCCGAGACGGCGCGCCUCCCGAUCUACGAAGAGUUCUGCGCCUUCAUCGCUCCGUUUGGCGACCACACCCUUGUCAGCGACGACGAUGUGAGCAGGCGUUUCCAGUACGGCGAGCUCCGGCUGUCGCGCAUCAACAAGACGACCAUGCUGGUGCGCCGCAAGUUUGCCUACUUCCACAUCUACCCGCAGUGGGGCUCGUACCUGUCGCACAUCAUCGCCCCCGUCGUCACCGUCUUCGCCUUCCUGUCCGUCAUCUUCAACGCCCUGCAGGUCACCCUGGCCGCCCACGAGGUCGGCUACGACAGCGUCGACACGACCUGGUACCCCUUCGUCGAUGUUGCCGUCUGGUUCCCCGUCGUUGUCAUGGUCGCCAUUGCCGCGUUGCUGGCCGCUGGGAUCGUUGGAAUCAUCGUCAUGGGCCUCAAGGACCUCAUUUGGGCCAAGUCGGUGCGGGAGCGGAAGAAGCAAGGCGACCUUACGGCCGGUGAAAAGGCGUACGGUGUGGUCUGGUGAGCCCUGAGAUUUUUGAGGUAUAUAUAAAGAUUUUGUGUGAUUUAUAAUGGUCUUGGGCGUUCCUUCUCUGCUUGUUUCCCCCCCUUUUUUGGACAUACGAUAUGAUGAUGACGCUGCAUGAAGAUACAAUGAGAUAUAGCUACACAUGACACGCAUGAUUCUCGCUUACUUGCUCGAGUUCAUAUGCCUCCGACUGAAUAUAUAAUGAAUCCAGCAUGGUACAACUAGACUUGAUGCCCUG